AUGGACGAAAUCGAGGCUUUCAGCAAUUACCUCACUAAGUCCGUGAACCGACGACUUCUGACGGUCUUGUCACGGGUCCUAGAAUUACCAGACGACUAUCUCUGGGACAAUGUACAAUCCCACGGCAGCCCAACCGGCGAAGGCUACUUCCGCCAUGCGCUCUUCCGACCCGUCCAGAAGCAAACACAAGAAGCAUCCAAGGGCCUUCGCAUGCACGGCCACACAGACUUUGGUCUGACAACACUGCUGUUCUCUGUCCCCAUCUCGUGUCUCCAGAUCUGGGGCCGCGACGAACAAUGGUACUACGUGCCCUACAAGCCUGGUGCGCUUGUUAUUAACAUUGGUGAUACAUUGGAGAUUGUCUCGGGUGGACAUUUCAAGGCAACUCGUCACCGUGUCUUCAGGCCGCCUGCCGAUCAGUUGCACGAGGAGCGGCUUUCGCUGGUGCUGUUUAAUAGUUCCAUUGGUGAUUUGCGUAUGGCUCCUGCGCAUGACUCGAAACUUAUUCAACGAGAGGGCUGUGUCGAGGAGCAGGGAGUUUAUAAGGAGUUCAAGAAGCUCACGUCGCAGGGCAAGCUUGUGCCUACCAACCGUCAAUGGCGCGAGAUCCAAAUUGCGACGUGUACAGACCCAACAGAUACCGUCAAUAACAGAGUGGGUGCUCAUCAAGUGCUCAUCGAUGGCAAGGUCAUGCAUCAGCGGGAGUACAUGGGGGUCAAAGUUGUCCUGCCUGUCAUAUUUGAUUUUCAGCUUUUGGUAUUCAUUUUGAGUCUUCUUGAUUCUUGA